UCUUCUUUGGUCCAGAACGAACCUCUGCAGAUGUGGACCACAGGAAGACCUGAACCCGAACCGGUCCUACUUCACGCUGUCUUGGUCUCGACAGGCUCAGAAUCACCUGAAGUCCUCUGAGGUCCCCCAGAGACCCGGUUCUGUUCCUCCAUCACAGAGAUGUUUACAGAGCAGAACCAGGUCUCUGGAGGACCUUCUGAAACCCUCAUGCUGUAGAGAAGAUCUGAGGUGACACCCUCUGAGUUAUGGUCCUGGUCCUGGUCCAGCACAGACCCGUUAACAGACUCAGAGCUCGUCUUUCAGACCGUGUCUUCACCCGUCAUAACAGUUUACCUCUCAGCUGUUUUAUUUCUCCUCGCUGUUUCCUGUCGGAGCGACCGUGACGGAGGAACAGAAGACAGACGUCUGUGCUGGAUCAGUCUGGACCCGUCCAGAACUUUAUUUAAGACGGACUUUUAAUGUUUGAAGACGUCUGAAAAUACUCUGAUGUGUUUUUUUUUAAUCUCCAUAUUUAUAAAGAGACCUUUGGUGUAAUUCAUGAUGUUGUGAGGAGGUGAUGAGGAGAACCAGAACUUUAAAUGGACUCUUAUAUAAUACCAGCACCUCAGAAUUUAACCCUCUAAGAACCAGAACUUUUAGAAGAACCUUUACCGUCCACCUCACAUGAACGUGUCUGUGAUAUAAAUGAAGGUCAAUUGUUGAAUAAAUCAGUUUUUUUCAUCUUCUCCUGUUUGAUUCGAGUUUAUUUUCUGAAGUCUUUGUAGUUUUCAGUUUCUGUUCCCCUCCUGUCCUCCGUUUAUUUAUAAAGAUCAGUUUUCAGUCUUUAUUUCCUGUUUUAUUUUGUAAGAGUUGGUUCCUUGUUUAUUUCCUGUUUUAUUUUGUAAGAGUUGGUUCCUUGUUUAUUUCCUGUUUUAUUUUGUAGGAGUUGAUUCCUUGUUUAUUUCCUGUUUUAUUUUUUAGGAGUUGGUUCUUUGUUUGUUUCCUGUUUUAUUUUGUAGGAGUUGAUUCCUUCUUUGUUUCCUGUUUUAUUUUGUAGGAGUUGAUUCCUUGUUUGUUUCCUGUUUUAUUUUGUAGGAGUUGGUUUCUUGUGUUUCUACUUUAGUUUCUCUUCUGUCUCAUUUACAUGUUUGUUCGUAUCCGUCUUCACCUCUGUUCUUGUUGGUUCAUUGACCAUCUCUGACUCAAACUCUUGACACAAUCAUGAUCAUAAUUAUCCUAACUAACCCCCCCCCCACCCACACACACACACACACACACACACACACACACACACACACACACACACACAUUAAUCUUUCUUUUUUUAAUUAAUAUUUUUUCAUGAUGAACAUGAUAUUUUCAGAGGCCAUGUAUGAUUAAAACCUCUGUAAGUAACAUUAAUCCUUCCUUUUACACCUCCCAUCCUGCGACCUUAGUCUUCUCCUUAAACAUCUCCUUCCCUGAGGAGAGUCCUGUCUCCGUCCUCUGCUGGUUCUGGUUCUGGUUCUGGUUCUGGUUCUCUGCUCUGUCAAACAAAUAUUAAACUCUGAAGACGUCACACAGACGAGUUAAUGUAACAUGCAGACGUCAUAACUUCACACUUUCAGGGGUCUGCAGAAUCGUGUCUCUCUUCUCCUUAUCAUGAAAGAGUCUGAGGAUAAAACAUGAAGAUGAAAAUAAUUCUGAUUUAUUUUCUGUUCCACUGAAGAUCAGGAGGAAAAACAAGGAUCUGAAACAUCACAGUGGAUGUUUUCUUCUUCUCUGAUCCACACGGUCCUUAAAAAUGAGAAACAACAGAAUAACAGCGGCGUCCAUCUUUGCAUCGACCUUACAGGAGAGAGUCGAACCUGCAGAGGACUUUCUUCUUCAUGGUGAAAAUUUGAGGACAUGCUGUAUAUAAAACAGGUCUGCAGAGCUCAGGGGGGAUUCACCGUUUCAUCACCUGUCAGCCGCUCAGAAAUAAUGACCACACAGGAGAUUUCCCAGAAUUCCUGGUGUGGGACUCGUCAUUAACCCAGUUGUGUUCGUCAGGAAGGCGGAGGAGGUGGACGGAGACCGUUCAAGGACGAAGCAGCGGGCUGUGAAGGAAACGAGGCCACAGUCCUCCUCAGGACAUGAGCGGUCACAGAUUCAGGAUAAAGUGGGUCAACAUCAACACUGUGGAAGAACCGGACCGUGGAGGUGAGACCGUGGAAGUGAGACCGUGAAGGUGAGACCAUGGAGGUGAGACCGUGGAGGUGAGACCGUGAAGGUGAGACCGUCAGGAACAGUUUAAAAAAAAUGAUGAAAACGGUUUGAUGGUUCGAAGAUCCUUUGAAGAAGAAAUUUGAUAUUUUUUAAAAAGUGUUUUUCCCACGAGGAAUGUAACUCAAAGUGAUUUACGGUUAAAAACAAAAACUGAGAUAAUAGACGUGAGGCUGACGACAGAUGAACCAGAUAAAGACGCCAUCAGAGGAGCCGUCAGCACCAGCAGAGAGCCGCCCGCAGCCACAGGACACCGACAUGAGGCCAGCGGAGGGAUGACACCAACCUCCACCAGGGACCCCGUGACCGACCCCUGCAACCACAAGCGACCAUUGCUCCUGGUGCUGAGGGCUCCCUCAGAGGAAACCCUGGGGGUCAUUUAAUAUGGUGUGCCCCAAGGCUCAAUUUUAGGCCCCAUACUGUUUGAUUUAUAUACGCUUCCACUGGGAGACGUCAUCAGGAGGCAUGGUAUCACUUUUCACAGCUAUGCUGAUGAUACUCAUCUCUACAUAUCCAUGUCUCCUGAUGACACAGGGCCAAUCGAUGCCCUUUAUCCGAGAUCUCAGUGCCGCUUUCGACACGGUUGAUCACAGCAUCCUACUCGAUCGACUGGAAAACUGGGUGGGACUUUCUGGAACAGUACUAAACUGGUUUGCAUCCUACUUAAAGGAUAGAGACUACUUUGUGUCUCUAGGUAAUUACACAUCAGAGCGAACAAAAAUGACAUGUGGGGUUCCCCAAGGCUCCAUUCUGGGGCCACUCCUGUUCAACAUUUACAUGCUCCCUCUAACUCAAAUCAUAGCAAACAACAAAAUAUCUUACCAUAAUUAUGCAGACGACACACAGAUUUACAUAACCAUGUCGCCAGGCGACUACAAUCCAAUACAAACACUGAGUCAGUGUAUUGAACAAAUCAACGAUUGGAUGUGUCAGAAUUUUCUUCAACUAAACAAAGAUAAAACUGAAGUAAUUGUAUUUGGAGCAGAAGACGAGCGAUUAAAAGUCUGCGCUCAGCUUCAAUCGAUAAUGUUAAAAAGCACAAACCAAGCCAGAAACCUUGGUGUUGUCAUGGACUCAGACCUGAAUCUCAACAGCCACAUAAAGACAAUUACAAAGUCAGCCUACUAUCACCUGAAGAAUAUAUCAAGGGUCAAAGGACUGAUGACCCAGCAGGAUUUGGAAAAGCUUGUCCAUGCAUUUAUCUUCAGCAGACUUGACUACUGUAACAGUGUCUUCACAGGUCUCCCCAAAAAAUCCAUCAGACAGCUCCAACUGAUUCAGAAUGCUGCUGCUCGAGUCCUCACUAAGACCAAGAAAGUAGAUCAUAUCACUCCAGUUCUCAGAUCUUUACACUGGCUUCCCGUCUGUCAAAGAAUUGAUUUUAAGAUACUAUUGCUGGUUUAUAAAGCACUGAAUGGAUCAGGACCAAAAUACAUUUCUGAUAUGCUGAUACGUUACGAACCAUCCAGACCGCUCAGAUCAUCAGGAGCAGGUCUGCUCUCUGUCCCCAGAGUCAGAACUAAACGUGGAGAAGCAGCUUUUAGUUUUUAUGCUCCUCAUAUCUGGAACAAACUCCCUGAAAACUGUAGGUCUGCUGAAACUCUCAGCUCUUUUAAAUCACAGCUGAAAACGCAUAUGUUUGCUGUGGCCUAUCAUUAAAUCAAACCUGAGGCCUUUAAUCAACAUCUUCAUCAUCUGCCUGUCUUGAUCUUUUUUUUUUUUUCUAUCUCUCCAAUCUAACCUUUGUUUUCUUUUAUCUCCAAUCUUAUUUUAGCUUUGAAUGUAACUUUUAAUCUGUUAAAUGUCUUUUACGCUGUUUUUACUUUUUAAAUUGUGUUGAAUGUUUUGCCUGCUUGUUUCAUGUAAAGCACCUUGAAUUGCCCUGCUGCUGAAAUGUGCUAUACAAAUAAACUUGACUUGACUUGACUUGACUUGACAUGAAAUCCUGGAUGGCAGAAAACUUCCUGCAGCUCAACCAGGAAAAAACUGAGGUUUCAGUUAUCGAUCUUAAGGCUCAGGGAGAGAAACUUUUAUCAAAACUGAAAACCCUUUAACCUGAAAUCAAAUCAGGUAAAAAUCUGGACGCCAUCUUUAACUCUGACUUUUAUCCCACAUCUUAAAAUCAUAAAAGGUUUAUUCACUGAAAGAACAUCGCCAGAGUCCGUGUCCUUUAGAAACAAAUGAAGUCACGUGCGUGCGUGCGUGCGUGCGUGCGUGCGUGCGUGCGUGCGUGCGUGCGUGCGUGCGUGCGUGCGUGCGUGCGUGCGUGCGUGCGCGUGUGUUGAAUGAUGAGCUGAGGACCAGGAUCAGCUGACAGCUCCAUGAAGCCGAGUUCCUCCAGACCUCUUCUCUCUGUUCCUUCGUGUCUCUCUGACAAACUGCAGGUUGAACUGAAGCGGCGUUUACGAUCACGCCUCAGAACAGAGAAACCUGAUUGGUCCGGGUUUCUACCAUAGAUUCUAAAUGGAGUAUAUACAGUCUAGUAUAUACAGUCUAUGGUUUCUAUCUGCUGUAUGAAACCUUUGUCAGGAGGUGAAGACAGACCUGCAGAGAUGCUCCUCUCCUCUUAGUCCUGCUGAUCGAAUAAAGUCUUCAUAUUGACCUCUGACCUCUGAGUCUGUUUUUGAGGAGAAAUGAGGUGAACUCAGAUGAGUAGUGUGUUUCCUGCUCCAACUGUGUCUGCAGAGAUUAUAAUCAGUGUGUGUAAUCAGGAACAUGCAGACGGAGGAUGUUUGGAGGAUGAAUGAGACCAAAUGAGAGGAAAACAAGGAGUCAAAAUUGAAGAUAUGCUGAUGAAGGAUGUCUUUAUUUAAUCUUCUCCACGUAGAUCAUGAGGAUUCAGAAGCUGAGCACGACUUUCAGUGAGUCAACAGAGUUUUAGUAGAGUGUGUUUUCGGUGUUUCUCCAGGUUAGCUGGUGUAAUGUCAGUGUUUCUGUAACUGUUGUCCAAAAAGUGACAUUGACUUAUCUCUGAUAAAUAAACAUCAUAUCAGUUAGCUGCAGUUUGUCAGGACUAAGUGUUGCACAAAAUCCAGAAUAUACAGUGAGACGCUCUGGUUUAUAAAAUACAGUCUGUUUCUAGAAGCUGAAAUUAAAAAGUGUGACACUGCCUUAAACAGUCCUCCUGUUUGAUGAUUUCAACUUUAUUUAAAUAGAACUUUUCAUACAAAAAAAUUCUGUUCAAAGUUUCUCACAGAGGCUAAAAACAGCAAAAAUGAGAAUAAAACCCAACUCUCCCACCCAAACACACACCCAUGAACCCACACGCACACACAGACACACACCCACCCUCACUCACCCUCACACACACACACAACGACACACACACAACGACACACACAGUGUGAGAAUUAAAGAUAUUUUGUUAGAGACAUGACCUGAAACCGAGACGUGAGGAAAGAGUGAACUUUAGAAAACACUGGAGAUAAAAAUAGAGAUAAAAAUGGUGAAAAGAAAAAGUAAAACAGCGGCAUGUUUUUUAAUCCUAAAAUCCAAAACAUUUUCAUCACCCCAAAAUCUGAAAUUUUUGUCAUAGUAUAUGUGGUUUUUUUUCAUGCUAAAAUAUGACAUCUUGAACAUCCUUUACUUUUUCAUUUUGAUCAGACAGUACUAAGGCAUGUUUUUUCAUCUUAAAAACAGAAUUUUAUUUUCACUGUAAAAUCUGAAAUUUUUGUCAUAGUAUACUUUGUCUUUUUUUUUUUUUUUGGACCACAAUAUAAAUUUUAUUUUUACAGCCAAAAUAUGACAAGUUUAAAAUCCUGUACGAUGGCAUCUCGAUCAGACUAUACUAUGGCAUGUUUUUUCAUCCUCAAAGCUGAAUUUUUUCGUCAUAGUAUACUAUGACUUUUUUUUCAGCUUAAAAUAUGACUUUGUAUUCACACUAAAUUGUGACAUCUUUAAAAGUGGUUACAAUUUGAAAAUAGAAAAUUAGGGUUAGGGUUAGGGUUAGGUAUAGGGGGUUUGGAGGUGACCCACCCCCUUGGUAACUUUUGAACGGAAGGUCGUAGAGCGCUGAAACUUGCACUUUGGGGGGUGGAAGAUUUUUCUGAGUCCAAUGAACCAACUCCCGAGUCUCUAGGACGUUCCUGAAAAAAGUUGAAUUUUUCCUAUAGGAAUGCAUUGGAGAAAAAUCUCAAGAUUUUCCCGUGUGGACCCAAUUUUUGACCUUCCAGAAUUGUGUUAGGAGCACGUUUCAGGCCACGGGGAGUCCAUAGAACCUGAUUGUGGGUGAAGUUUUCGGGGGUUGGAGCUUUGCGGCAGGGAUAUAGGGAUAUGUGCCACUUUUGACAUGCCGGUUCAUUGCCUUUCCCAAUGAUGAACCGGGCUGAGAUUUGGUCUACCCCCCCAUUUUCGGGUAUGCUGAAUCUAGAAAUAGUAAUGAACCAGCGAUCGGACAUUCCUAUCAAAAGUUAUGGCGAAAUGGAAAUUUCCCAUUGAAAAUGAAUGGGAGCGGAAAAUGGCAAAAGUCAGUGUUUCCAAGUGUUCUACUUUGUCUGGAAAUGUUGAAAAUGGGUUGUGAGCACGUUUCAGGCCAUUUCCUGUCGUCUGAGGGUUAGCUUCUCAGAGUGCUCCUGUGUUAGGGUUAGGAUUGGGGAAUGACUCCCGUCUCCCUCUAAGUUAUGACCCUGCUUGGGUCUUCAAGGAGCGGGGCGUGCACGGGUCUUCGCCCCACCGGACACACUCCCCCGGUCCCACUAAGAACACUACUUGUGUUUAAUAAAUAUUGUUUUUAAGUUGGCUUUAAUGGGUUGAGUUAUUGUUUUUAAAUAUCUUACAUUUUUUUUAACUGUUUUUUACACACAAACACACAAUACAUGAACUACACAUGAACUAUGUACAAACAAUGUGUGCAUCAUUGACAACGUUUCGACCCGACUUGGGUCUUCUUCAGGUCUGUGCACACACAAGAAAGGGAUGCUGGGCACCAAUUCAUAGGUGUUGACAGCAGCUAAAAAAAGAAGAAAUGUCCCUGUUCCCCUCUCACCUUUUAUACCUUUUAACAAAUAAUUACCUGAAUUUCUCGGAUAUUUUAUGUUAUUUUCUACUCUAUUUAAUUUGAAAAUGUUAACCCUUUAACUGCUGAUUCUUAUUAAUCCAAAAUAAUAUAUUUAUGUUUAACCUGAGGUUAGGCUUAAGGCAGCAUUUCUCAAAGUGUGUGGCCCGCCCCCCCAGGGGGGCGCGGAGCCAUCUUUAAGAAGCUAACAAGUGGAGGGGAUGCAGGGGGUGCAUUCUACGGCAUAACACCUGUUAAGUAUGCUGCCAUCCCCACCUGUACAA